AUGCCCCCCCGCACCUCUUCUCGCCGGCCGGUCGCCCGCCGUGGCGUCACCAAGACCAAGGACGUCGUGGCCCCCCCCUCGCCGAUGGCCACCACCCCGGCGCGGACCAAGCGUUCCGCUCCUGCUGCUUCUCCUCCGGCCUCCCCUGCCGCCGGCAGCACCGACGUCACCAUGGCCACCCCGGCGUCGGAGCGCAAGCGCCAGGCCGUUAGCGUCGCCGGCUCGGCCGUGCCGAAUGUCUUCCCCGUUCGUCCCCCGACCACGCAGGCUGUCCGCCCGGCCCUGCGCCGGCGCAAGACCAGUGGCGACCUGCUGCCGGUCCCGACCCUGCCGACUCCCGGCUUCCUUGGCCCGAAGGGGGUCCUCGACACCACCCGGCCGGCGGGUGGCAUCACCUUCGCCAUGGGUGGCAAUAUGGCCGGCGAGCUGGGCCUCGACCCGGAUGUCAUCCAGGAGAAGAUGCGCCCGGCCAUGGUCGGUGGUCAGGUUGCCAAGGUCAAGGCCGUGGCGGUGGCUGUCGGUGGCAUGCACACCGUGGCCAUUUCCGACGAGGGAAAGCUCUACUCUUGGGGUUGCAACGAUGAGCACGCUCUUGGCCGUGCCGGCACCGAGUGGGACCCGGAGGUGGUGAUUCCGCAUUCGCUGGAUGGCACGCCGGAGCCGGACCUGAAGUUCGUCCAGGCCGUCUGCACCGACUCCGCCUCCUUUGCCCUCACUUCCGAGGGUGUGGUCUACGGCUGCGGCACCUUCCGUAACCUCGAGGGUGUCCUCGGCUUCCAGCCGAACGAGAAGUUCCGCAAGGAGCUCAAGCCGGUCGACUCGCUUGUCGGCCUCACUGUUGUCAGCCUUGCCUCCGGUCUGAACCACAUCGUGGCUCUGACCAAUGACCGGCGGGUGUACACCCUCGGCGCCGGCAAGCGUCAGGAGCAUAUCGCCGUCAGCAUCGACCCCUCCACCGAGACCCUGGCUACCAUUGCCUCCAAUGAGAACAGCGUUCCCAACCCGCUUGGCCGGUUGUCCCUUUCUCGCUCUCGCCCGGCCGACUCGUCCCUCAUCGCCGAGCCGGUGUACCUGAAGAACCGCUCUGGCGCCGUGGCCAUUGCCUCUGGUGGCUUCUCCUCGUUCGUGAUCUGCGCCGACGGCAAUGUCUUCGGCUGGGGGCUGAACCGCAGCGGCCAGCUUGGCCUCGGGGACACGGAGAACCGCGAUACUCCGGUGCACAUUCCCUCCUUGACCGAGAUUGGUGUGCAGCAGAUUGCCACCGGGAACUUCCACACCCUGGCCCUCGACAAGGCCGGCAAGGUGUUCUCCUUCGGCCAGGCCACCGGCGGUCUGCUGGGCCUCGGUGAUGAGGUGGCCAAGGCUGGCGAGGACAUCUCCGAGCCGCGUCCUGUGGACAUCGACGACGUGGCUGAGGGGGAGACCAUUCUUGUUGAUGGAAAAACAGACUCACAUCUAUGA